AUGGGGCGCCUCAGGCCAGUUCCAGCUCAGUCUGCAGAUUUUGCGACGUCGCGGGCCUGCCGUGAAGAGCUUGGCUCAUCACGUGCAGUAAAGGUCCAUCAUUUGCGACAUUGGCGAAGAACUGUGGUGGGUGAAAGCCUCCCGACACGUCGCGCAGCUUGCUCAGCGGGAUGGGGGGAC